CACUGUCUAACCAAUUACCUUGUGAGAAACAGUAAUAUUCCCAGCUCCAUAUCGCAAGGAUGUGGACUGUCCCUUCCUGUUUUAGUGCCGAGAGAGCCACCGUAGCGACUCACACCGGAGCAGGAAUACGGGCGCUCACAACGCGAUUAUGUCUGGAUCCUCGCUGCGGUCGCCUCAGACACGGAGCUUCAUUUUCCAUCGUGGGCUUUUCAGGUUUCUGUAAUAGGGAAUGCUGUUAUGUUAUUCUCCGGAUAGCUGGUAACAGAGCAGGCCCGUCUACUGCGCUGCCAACCCUUGUUCCUUUCCCGUGUCAAUGAUUGUCCUCCCCUCACUCUCAUGGCGGAGACUAAAAUAAUAUAUCACAUAGACGAGGAGGAGACUCCUUAUCUGGUCAAACUGUCCGUCUCUCCAGAGAAAGUCACCUUAGCGGAUUUUAAAAAUGUCCUCAACAAUCGACCCGUCAAUAGCUACAAAUUCUUCUUCAAAUCCAUGGACCAGGAUUUUGGGGUUGUCAAAGAAGAGAUUUCCGAUGACAACGCCAAGCUGCCGUGCUUCAACGGGAGAGUAGUGUCCUGGCUGGUCCUUGCAGAGAGUGCGCACUCUGAUGGAGGAUCUCAAUGCACUGAGAGCCACCCGGAGCUUCCCCCUCCCCUCGAGAGAACAGGAGGCAUCGGAGACUCCCGACCCCCCUCCUUCCAUGCCAAUGCAGUGAGCAGUCGUGAUGGCCUGGACACAGAGACGGGUACAGAGUCUCUCCUGAGCCACCGCAGAGAGCGAGAGAGGGAGCGUGCACGGAGGAGAGCUCGAGAAACUGAGCUCCCUCGCAUCAACGGUCACUCUAAAUCAGAGCGCACAGCAAGGGACUCAGCCAUGGGUUACGACAGUGCCUCAGUAAUGAGCAGCGAGCUGGAGUCCAGCUCAUUUGUUGACAGCGAGGAAGAUGAGGAUGCUAGCAGGCUCAGUAGUUCUACAGAACAGAGUUCUUCAUCACAGCUGAUGCGCAGACACAAGCGGCGCAGACGGAGACACAAAGUGGCCAAGAUAGACCGGUCAUCGUCCUUCAGCAGUAUCACAGACUCCACUAUGAGCCUCAACAUCAUCACCGUCACGCUCAACAUGGAGAAAUACAACUUUCUGGGUAUCAGUAUUGUUGGUCAGAGUAAUGACCGGGGGGACGGUGGCAUUUACAUCGGCUCCAUCAUGAAGGGAGGAGCUGUGGCUGCUGAUGGCAGAAUAGAACCUGGAGACAUGCUCCUCCAGGUGAAUGACGUAAACUUUGAGAACAUGAGCAAUGACGACGCUGUGAGGAUCCUAAGAGAGAUUGUUUCCAAAACUGGUCCUAUUAGUCUUACUGUUGCCAAAUGUUGGGACCCGUCUCCAAGAAGCUACUUCACCAUCCCUCGCGCUGAGCCUGUGCGACCCAUUGACCCUGCAGCCUGGAUUUCUCACACCACAGCCCUGACAGGACCUUACCCACACUACGAAUUUGAUGACUUGCCGCUUUCUGCAAGUAAAACAGAUAUGGCAACUAUCGUCAAGGUGAUGCAGCUGCCUGACUCUGGCCUCGAGAUUCGAGACAGGAUGUGGCUGAAGAUCACGAUUGCCAACGCCGUCAUAGGUGCUGACGUGGUAGACUGGCUUUACUCCAGAGUGGAGGGAUUCAAGGAUCGGCGGGAUGCGAGGAAGUAUGCGAGCAGUCUGCUGAAACACGGCUACCUGAGACACACCGUCAACAAAAUCACCUUCUCCGAACAGUGCUACUACACCUUUGGGGACCUCUGCCAAAACAUGGCGUCGCUCAAUUUAAAUGAGGGAUCGAGUGGUGGAGGCUCUGAGCAAGACACUUUGGCACCGCUACCUCCCACCAGCAACCCCUGGCCUCUGGGCGGGCAGCCAUUCCCUUAUCCUCCUUUCCCCUCCGCACCCCCCAGCUUCCCGCCAGGAUACUCGGACCCAUGCCACAGUUUCCACAGUGGGAGCGCAGGCAGCCAGCACAGCGAGGGAAGCCGAAGCAGUGGAUCCAACCCCAGCGCAGGCAAAGGGAGACGCUCCUCCCCUCAGGAGAAGGGUCAAAGGUCAACAUGCAGUGAAUCCGAGCCAGGUGUCCGUGGAGGGAGGCGCGGUGAUAGGUCCGCCAGCCAAAUGAGCCAUCACAGCCAUGCCGUCUCCAGUCACAGUCAUGCUCGAUCAAGUCUCAGCCACAGUUAUUCUCACAGGAGCCACACUCUGCCGCAGAACAACCACCCCUCCUUCACCUACAGCCACGCCCCCUUCACCCAGCCAGCGCCAGGCUCCUGUGCCCAGAGCGAGCGAAGCCAUGCCUCCUCCUACGGCCCCCCGGGCCUGCCUCCCCCUUAUUGUCUGGCGCGUCUGGCCCCCAAGACCCCGGUCAGCAGUAGCACACCCCCCGGAGCCCCUCCUGGGAGAGAGUUAGCAGCCGUUCCUCCUGAGCUCACCGCCAGCCGCCAGUCCUUCCAGCAUGCUAUGGGCAAUCCCUGUGAGUUCUUUGUUGACAUCAUGUGACAGGACAGUGCCUUUAAAACUCAGUGAGCACAAAACGAUCCUCCCUUAACCCACUCACCCCCUGCUCUCUCUCCUCUUAGUCUUUUGACCGUCGCUAAGGUCAGAAUGUAGACACUGACUGGCCCUCCCCACAGCCCCCUGCUAUCCGUCUACCCCUCUGAUGUCCAAGCAAAGGAAUACAGGCAGCAAGAGCACAACAGGAGGAGUUCUCUCUCCACACAAGCACGGGUCCUCUGGCUGAUAACCCUCUUUUGUAUUGACGUGACGUGUACAGUUUGUGAAACGUGAGUGGUAUUCAGUGUGGUGAUUUCUUUAAAGCUGCCACGCAGACAUUCUCGGGAGUGUGUAACCUACCUAGGAUAUUUUCUGUUCUGCAAGACCUUUAAGCUGGCUGGGCCUGGAUCUCAAUCCCCAGACCCAGACCGACAACUACGGCCUGCACUUGGGAAAUUUUUUCUGGGCCUAGACUGGACUGGAUUCUCUGGCUCAUAUUUGUGUGUACUGAUAAAUUUAAGCAUGUUACACCAAACCUCUGGCCACAUUUCCCUUACGCUGUGGCAUUGCCACCAGCUUAUUUAAGCUCUUACCUGCCAACUAAAAUGCUAACCUUGAUCAAUUCAUGACCCGUGGAUUUCUUCAACUCCACAAGGGAGGCCCUGUAGCCAGCCAUUAGUUUAACUUGGCUGCAUAUUGCAUGACUGUCUCAACUGCUUUAAAAAAAUUAUUAAUUCAUUUUGUUGAAAGUAUUAUCAUUAUUGGGGGGAGGAGGUUACCUCUUGCCAAUGUUCUAAAGGAAGAAUCCGUACACUGGAUGAUUUUUGUGAUGUUAUUUAUGUGAUCAUGUUGCAUUGAUGGUGUCAUACUUUGUCUACUACAGCUGACUAACAGACAAUCAGACAUCACCCUUUGUGAAUCAGUGGCCAGUUUCCACUGUCCUAGCUGUGCUUUGUCGAAUGUAUCAUUAUUCCUGUCAGUGACUGAACCCUGACAUUCAUAACACUUUGUUUUACACUCAUUUAAGUAAGCAAAUCAACAGGAUUGCAAACAGUGGACACCCACCACGGCUGUGAACGCAAACUCAGAAGGGUUGACGUCAUAUACGUGAGACCAUCACGGAUGUGUCUUUCUACGUGAGUGUGAGCUUCGAUAAAAGUCACUGCGAUAAAAGCCAAAGCCUCACAUUGUGUGGUGGAUAUUUCAUUGUAAUGUCGGAGCUGUACAUGAUGUCAAUCUUUUUAUGAUUGCCAUCAGACACUUCUCAUUUUAUGAGUUCUAAGUGACUUCAAGGGGAAUCCUGGCCUUCAGAUGGUGAUCUCCUUGCAAAACAAUGGCAAACCCCUGUUGUAUCUACCUAAAAUUCAGCUAAAAGAGGGAAACAACACACAAACACACACAUACACCCACACACAUACACCCACCCACACUAGUUUUGAGCACUUUUCCAUUACGUCUGUCCCUCCCUUUAGUAUGAAACACUGUUUGCAAUCAAAGCUUUCUCUUUAAUUUUGUUUCUUUACAAAAGAAGAAUAAAUUGUACAUAGAAAUUUAUUAUAUAUAUGAAUAAAAAUAUAUAUGUUCAAGA